AUGCAAUCACUCUUGCUUGAUCGAAAAUGUGGCAGGGUUGCUCCAUACGACUUCCUCACUACCGUCACAGAGUCUCUCUACAGCAGUCUACGACAGGUCGACACAGAAGCAAGAACAUUUCCCGAAAACUGUCAUGGCGGUGCAGCAGUGAACAGUCUAGCGUUGGAGACAGAUGAACAUAGGUACUUGCUCAGUGGGUGUGCAGACUCGUCGUUCAAGCUUUGGGACUUGAAACCUGAGAAAGAUGGAGAUAAGGGAGACCAACAACACUACAGUGCCAUUGCCUCGAUGCCAAGAAGAGCAGCACACAGUUAUGGUAUUUCUGCAGUGAAAUGGUGGCCGUUCGACACGGGGCUCUUUGUCACGGCAUCUUUCGACCACACAGUGAAAAUAUGGGACACCAACGCGAUGGAAGUGGCGCACACGUUUGAUAUGACAAGCAGGGUCUACUCUGUAGCCUUGAGUGCAAGUACUCAGAACCAGUAUUCAGCGCAGGCCGUUGUUGCUGUGGCAAGUGACCAGCCGUUCAUUAGACUACUAGACCUUAGAGCUGGGUCCAGCGCACACACACUUCCGGGACAUAAGGGCAAGACAUUGGCGGUGGACUGGCAUCCAGUCAGGCCAUACUUGCUUGCUUCCGGAGGUUAUGAUGGCGAAGGCAAAGUCUGGGAUAUUCGACGCAGUGAGAGCUGCUUAUGUCGCCUCGACCUGACUAAGACCAACGAGCGUGAUUUGCAAACUGACUGGCUCAAUCUCAAGUCAGAAUCUGUCAAGGCUCAUUCUGGUCCUGUCAAUGCUGUUUUGUGGGACGAGCCUGGAACAACGUUGUACACUGCUGGAAACGACGAUAGAGUGCGUGUGUGGGACAUGGUAGCCACGCGGCUGCCUCCACUCAACAAGCUUGUGAAUUUUGGACCCUUGACUAGAAACAAGUACUUGCAAGCGCUCCCGUUGAUGCUCAGUCCCGCAGACGAAACUGAGGUUCAACACUUGCUCUUCCCAUCCGAUAAUGGGGACAUCUUGGUCUUCAGAGUUGUAGAUGGGAAGCUUGUAAAACGACUACAGAGAAUAUCAUCUGCUAACGCAACAAGAACUGCAUCAAUGGUGUAUGCUGGCCCCUUUUCUGUGACGUACUUUUGUGGCACAAUGGAUGGGGAGAUAUUGAUAUGGAAGGGUGGAAACAGAACCUCAGAACAGCUUUUCGAAGAAACAAGCGGCGAGUACGAGCAGUUAGAAGCCAAACUAUUUGGCAAUCAGAGCGCUUCACGGGCUAAGCUUUACGAUGAUCCGUACUUCAGGCGGAAAGAGUGCGGAGCCUAG